GCAGAGUAAUGAAUAAUGAAAUGGGUAGGAGGACGAUGUUAGGAAGGGUCUCAAAUGUGUGUUUUUGCAGCGAUGGAUGGAGACCAUAAGGUGGCAAGCUCAGCUUUUUGCUCGACUGCCACUUGGUGGCUCUGGGUGGGUCUCACAACCCCUGAACUCUUCCCCAUCCAUUUGGCCUGCAGGUGACUUGAAGGGAUCAUGUUGAGGCAACUGCUGCUGUCCUUGGGAGUCCUGCAGGUGACCCUGGCCUUCCUGGCUUCUGGCCAGGGCCAUCUGGACGAAAGGGGACCCAUCCUGGAAGAGACAGGCAGGCCCAGUUCCCCAGGCCUUGAGAUGGUCAAGGAGAUCCACAUCCCAGAUUUUAAACAAGUGGCUCUGGAAACACAAAGAGUCCAAGAUGAUCUUGCACCAGCAGCCAGCAUGAUGAUGAUUUCAGCAGCCCUGCAGGCCCAGGACCGGGAAGGGCGUUCCCUGCGGAGAUGUGUCCGUGUCCAGGAAUCCUGCCUUGGGCACAAACUGCCAUGCUGUGACCCGUGCGCCACUUGCUACUGCCGCUUUUUCAACGCUAACUGCUUCUGCAAGAAAUUUAGCAGUACUUUCCCCUGUGGCAGGAACUAG